AUGGAAGGAGUUCAAUUUCAAAGGGUACAGACCGUUAUGAGAAUACCAAUUUACCCAUACCAAUUAAAUAAUAUAACAGAGUAUACGUAUAAAUACCUUAAUAAAUAUAUUGGGUUAUACAUUAAAGCCUUAAAAGGGGUUGUCAUGUGCUACACAGAAAGUAUCGGGAUACUCGAUAAUGUCGGGAUUAUCACAGGGACCGAUCCCAAGGUGUAUGUUAAAGUAUCAGUCGAGUUCAUCCUCCUGAAGAUAAUUAAGAAUGGCACUGUGACGGGUGAGAUAAAGGCCAAUCCCACUGGGCCUGGCAUGUAUUCAUUAAUUCAUGGGACUAUUCCUGUAGAAGUCCCUGGGAGUGUCCAGGAGGGCUUGUACAAGUAUGAAAUAGUUCAUGUGUGUACGUUUCCAUUAUACGUUGUAGCAGGCAAUUUAAGCAGAGUGCACAGGACAGGCUGAUUAUGUUUAAUAAAUACUUUAUACACA